AUGGGCUACAACUCAAAACAGGUGACCCUUUUGGGAGUCUGUGGAACAGGUUUUGGCCUUUCGGCCAUUGUUGUGGGACUGCGGUUUUUUGUGAGGACAGUUCUUCGCCCUAACACUUUGGGGUGGGACGACUGGACCAUGUUAUUUACAUUUGGUGUUGCAGUGGCUGGCACGGCAGUUGAGAUUCUUAUGGUUGAGUACGGUGUUGGCCAGGAUAUGAGAGACGUCAACCCCGAAAAUAUUCCGAUGGUCGCCAAACUGACCUUGCUCAACUCGAUUCUCAGCCUCGUCGGAACUAUGACGGUCAAAGUUUCAAUUUGUUUUUUUAUUUUGAGAAUUGUCCAUCUCAGCAGUCGCACAGUGAAAUGGAUGGUUACAAUCAAUUUGACUGUGCUUGUUCCGGUCACCGUCGCUACCAUCAUAGUGGACCUAAUUCAAUGCAUUCCACUAGACGGUUAUUGGGACAAAAGCGUCCAAACGAAGUGUAUCAACCCGGAUACCAUCAAUGUUCUCCUUAAAACGUCAUCUGGUGUGGGCGUGGCUACGGACUUCUUGACUGCUGUUAUUCCGAUGGUGAUAGUAUAUCGCCUACAAAUGCACAGAUAUCAGAAGCGUGUUGUUUAUGGCCUCCUCGUACUUGGAUUUCUUCGCAUCAAUAGGCAAAACCGUAUCAAUUCGAUGGUCGCCGACAGACUACACAAAAGAUAA